UGCACUUCUCGAUGCCGCGCCGGUGGAUUUGCACCAGGAGAUCACCAUGGAGCAAAGAAGGGGAGGCCAGAGGCAACACCGCGACUUCGCUGGUAUACUGUCUCACGUUGACACGGAAGCCAUCGCCGCCUUAUCUCUCAGCAUCAUGCAGCGCCAUCUCGCAGAGGACAAGAAACGCAAGCCAUCACCGUUGCAGCUACCUCUCGUCAGAGGUCAGUUCUUCGGCUCAGCACAUGUCUUCUAUAUGAUCGAGUUCUACCAUCCACAAACCCGCAAGGCCAUCAAGUGGAUUAUCAAGAUACCAAUCAACGGCACGCCAGACAUAUGGGAUAGGCUGUGCGCUGAGACACUACGGACCGAGGCUCUUGUGCUAUACAGUAUGUGACACUUAGAACUAUUCCUUUGCCCCCCCCCCCUUUUUUUUUCGGUUCCAGACGCCAGGAAUCCUUCCUCAAGCUAGUGAAUGGAUGUGCUGCUUCCGAGACAUGCCUAAUACUGUCCAAGGCCCCUUACAUCUAGAAGUAAUUGCUAACAUUUGUCUUUUUGAGUGCUACGGAUGAAUACUACUGUUCCUGUGCCUGCGAUUAUCGAUGCCGACCCGUCCCCGUAUAACGAAAUACACGCGCCGUAUCUCAUCAUGGAAUACAUGGAGGGCCGAACACUGGACCGCGUCUGGUUCGGGGAAGAUGGCGACGAGAGCAAAAUUAGGGAGACGAGGGCCAAGAUUCUUCGGGGCCUAGCACGAAUUAUGUUACAGCUUGGGAGGUACGAAUUUGAGACUGGUGGGGCGCCCAUAUUUGACGAGGAUGGUGUAAUCAUUGGUGUAGGAACUGUAAGGGAACUUGACGUCCAAGCUAUGGUGCAGCGAUGGUUUGGCGACGAGGAUUGCGAGAAGGCACCAUUAUACGCCGGAGUAGGCCCCUUUCAUGACGCGGCAGAGAUGUACGAGGCACUCUUAGAUUUGUAUCCUAGUGAUGACGAAGCAAACAUAGGAGUCGACAAGCUACUCCGGCUUCUUAUAAGUUUCGUCCGUGAGCCCUCGAAGACGAGGCCUCCCAGCGAAGAGAAGAAAAGAGCAAACAAAAAGAAGGAAAAGGGAUUUGUGCUAACACACCCAGACUUUAGCUUGCGUAACAUCAUCGUCUCCGAAGAAGGGCACAUUGAGGCUAUACUUGGAUGGGAUGGUACGCGUAUCGCGCCAAAAUCCAUCGGCAACGAGGCACUUCCCCGCUGGCUCACUAGGGACUUCAACCCGUUCGUGUGGCGCUGGCGGCCGGCUAUUGAGCUCUGGAGGAAAGGGGGUGAAUACGAGGUGCCCGAAGAAAACCGCUUCGAGGAUGCGCCAUGGGUACAGAGGGAACUCAGGAGCGAGUAUGCGAAUACGCUCCGAAGGAAAAAGAGAAGGAGAAGGUUAGACAUAGAUGUGGGCGUGGAUGUGACGAGACAAUCGUUAUUAGCACUCAACUUAGACACCGCGGCCAGGGAUCCGAGAUGUAGGACUGCUAUCUUGAGGAGGAUACUGGAGAAGUGCUCCCGGAUAUCUGAGGAGUUUGACUUCAAUCAUAUCGUCGAGUUACUUGGCAGCGGGAAGCAUCUAGACAUGUAUAAGCUGCAGUGCUUAGAAAGGAACUUUAGGGAGCUUGUUGAUCAUGGUUAUGUUAGGGGUGGUGCUGCUUGGUAGCUAUCACUAUAUCGAACAGGUUGAACGUUACCCCUAGAGUGUGUUAUGCUAGUUUAAGUGUGAUAAUAAAUAAUAUAGUGGUAAACUUAAGGGAAAUCAUGGAAUUUAUUGGGUUGGGACUUGUGACUUAACCCUGCUAGACUUC